AAGCUAUAUGAAAAUAUCAAGGGGUGGGCGCCUCCCUAACAAAAGAGAACCUUGAUAAAUUAAAUCACUUUUUACCUAGUUUAUUUUUCUAUUAGAGACGAAAAUCAUCGUUCUUUUUUUGCAAGAUGUGCAAGUUUCUUUUAGCUAUGAUCGGGUUUACACCGUAGACCUAUGUGGUUGCGGUGGUGGUUUAGCUCCAUUUUAAUAUGGAGUACGGGUACGAUCACAUUAUUGACACUAAAUCUAGUUUUGACGGACAUGUGAUCUAUAUUACCUUUGUCUAUGAUUAGUUGGUUAUUAAAAAAAUGAUUUGGUCUUGGAAUGACUGACACAGUUGAGUUUGAACCAGAGACAUGAUUGGUUUAUGAUUGGUCACUUUAAUGAAAUUAAAGUUAAUCACGAGAAGAGAGAAGGAAGGAGGAGGCCAGAAAGUUAUUUUUCUUGUUUUGGACCAUGUUUGAAAAAUGAGGGAUGCUAGAGAUCCCUUGAAAUUCAUUCUCAGGGGUGGAAAAAAUACAUUCGAAAAAGUGAAAUAAAAUUACACAUAGCAGUGGCUAACGAGGAAUGACAUUCAUUAUUUUCCCAUACCAGUGUUGAGUUUUUGAAACUAUAAGGUUUGGAUCAUAGACCGUCUCUAUCUCGUUUCCAAUCGACCUCUAGAAAAUCAAAGAAAAGUUUUAGGUUUGACAAAAAAUGGGUCGGCAAACAAGGAUUCAAAAGAAGCUUUUGUUUUUGGUUGGGAAAUAUUCUAAUAGUAGUUAUUUCUAGAUACCUAAACUGAUUUACAAAUAAACUAAAAAUGAAUGACAAAAAUGAUAUUUUUGUGUAAUUUUUUUUUGACAUCGAACGGCUAUACUAUUACUCAAACUUGAGGUGGUCUUGGUAAUCAUACUGGAAUAGAACAACCAACGUAAUAAAGUUCCCUAUGAAAAGAUCUCGCAGUCUUGGGUAAAGAGUCCGAAAUUUUAUUUUGUGCUCAUGGAAUAUGAGAUAUCUUGAAGUUCGGAAAACAUAUCUGCAAUAUAUGUAUCGCUUCCAAUUUUGUUGCAAAACUUGGCCAAGCUUGAGGCUCAUUUAUCAUCGCAAUCAUAUCCUUGAAAUCUAUCUCAAAGCUCUGACAUGACGAAUGUUGUAGCAUGCUCUCCACUGCACAUCGCAGUGCUCCCACUCCCAAAUUUAAAGCAAUCUCUUGCCAUCUUAAAUUCCGCGUCCCCACAAGUGGGAUUUUUUCCAUACUAUCCUUCCAAACCCAACUGCAACCACUGAAUUGUGUUGUCAAAGUUUAUGAACCAUCCACCAUACAGAGAUUAUUUAAGCUUAUAACUUGGGGUUUCUCACUACUAUGCUCAUGUGUGUUGGGUGGUAUCAUCUUAUUUGCAUUAAAUCAGGUCUGACAUUCACUUUCCGCGUAUCAAACUAGCUCUAAAUGAUCCAUGUCUAUCCUCCUCACAGUUUAUCAUACCGAGUCUUCUCGACAUACCAAAUUAUUCAUAGGCAAGGGUCCUGAUAUUUAACUGAUAAUAUUUCAGUAUAUUUGAUAGUUAUCUAAAAUCAUUUACAACAUCAAAUAUUUUGGUACGUCAUUAUGAAGAAGAAAAAAAAAACAAAGUUUCGAUCUCCCCCAUGCGGAAACUAUCCUGCCUCAUCUGGACACCAAAGCGGGUACUGGGCCUUCGGGCUCAGGGAAAAACCUCCCGGGUGAAGCUGGCAUGCUGCCUGACCGGGCCCAGGGAUUGAUCCGCGAAGCGGGGAACCCUGGAUUACAAAAAAAAAAAAAAAAAAAAAAGUAUGUCUUAACCAAUGGGAAGGGAACUCGUGUGGUCCACGCGAGUCUUCUGUUGAAGUGCACUUAAGACUUUGACUGUACUGAGUCGUUUUGGAAUAUAUUUGUGAAUAUUUAAUGUGCAUGGCAAAGUUUUAGCAUAAGAAGAAAGAAGACAUCAAAAAUAUUUCAGAAGAGUUCAAACGUUAUUCAACCUCUUAGAAUUUCCUUGUUUGAACUUUUAAUUAUUUAAUACCUUAGAUCUUCUCUAUAUAUAGAUUUACAUUCGUAUUAAAUCUCCACAAACCUAGAGAAAAAGGUCUCUUUCUCUUUCUGUUUUCCUCUCUCUCUCUAAUAUAAUUUCUCUUUUGAUUUUCCUCUUCAGCUUCUUUGCUAAGUAAUGGAGUCGUCCCGCGUCAACUCAACCGGCGGCGAACGCGACGGAAAUACGACGGAGGAGAAUCUGUCUCCGGCGGAGAUGUAUCGACGAGGUGAGUCUCGGUUGCAACUUUCUCAGUUCCAACCGGACAUUCAUAGAGCUCUCGACAAACAGCUGUUUCGAUUCCCGACUGGUCUUGAUGUCGAAACCCUAGAUUCCUCUUUCGCUAUGCUCUCCCUUCGUCAGCAGAAUCCGUUACUUGACAAUCGUUGGACCAAUCGAUCGUCACUGCAGCAAAAUCAUCAAGGGAUCAAUGGCGGCGGAGAUGUUGGCGGCGGGGGUUGGUCUCUUCCUCCUCAGCGUGAAGUAGAUUUGCAACAGAUGAUGAAUCACUACUUUCAAAGAACAUCGUCGACCCUGAACGAUUACGUUAACGGAGGAUCGUAUGGGCAGAGUAGUGUUUCGCAAGACGUUCCUGACUUGUCGAGAGGUCGCGACUAUGGGUUUGGUUCUUGGAGGAGCAACGAAGGUUUCGUGAAUCCGUCGUCUCUGUCUCUAGAGAACGAGAGAAUGGGACCCAUUGCUUUACUUGCUAAGGAUCCAAAAUCGACCCUUGUAUUGCAGGAGAAGAUCGAUGAGGGUUCCAAGGAGACCAUUGAUGUGAUCUUCAACGAUGUUAUCUCUAGCAUCUAUGAGUUGAUGGAACACCCGUUCGCUUCUCAAGUCCUUCAGAAGCUUAUGCACGAGUGUAGCUCUCAACAGAUCAGUCAUAUUAUCGAUGUGAUCACUCUGAACCAGUUAGGAUUUGUUAAAAUGUGCAUUGAUCCUGUCGGAACCCGUUCAAUACAGUCGCUGUUGAGCUGUCUUCAUUCUGAAGAACAAAUUCUGCGGCUAGUCGGAGCUGUUAGCGUGGGAAUACUUGCAUUUACAAGGAGCAACGGUGCUAAACACGUGAUUAUGCAAUGCUUCAACCAGUUUCCUCCUUCUCUGAAUCGGGAUCUUAUUGAAGUUUUAGUUCAGAACUGUUUCGUGUUAGCAAUUGAUCAACAUGGCUGCUGCAUGCUUCAGCAAUGUCUUGGUACUGGUUGUGAGGUGCUAACGAAACGUUUGAUUCGUGAGAUAAUCGCUAGUGCGCUGAGACUCUGCGUGAACAACUUCGGAAACUAUGUGGUGCAGUAUGUAGUGGAGCUGAAUGAUCCAAACGUAACAAUUUUGCUCGUGCAACAGCUUUUUGGGAACUACGCGCGCCUCUCCCGUAACAAAUACGGAAGUCAUGUUGUGCAGAAGUUCUUGAAAAUACAUUAUAUCGACCAUAGCAUGAUCGUAUAUGACUUGCUUAAAGAUAUUGAUACACUUCUUGUAGACCCUUUUGGAAACUAUGUCAUUCAAACUGCAUGGUUUGUGUGUGAGGACGUAUUGCGCGUCAUUUUGAUGAGGCAUAUAGAGCGUAAUAAACCAUUGAUGAGGUGCAACAAGUUUGGGAAGAAAGUUCUGGAUAAACUCAAUCUCUAGAGCCAAAGGUUAAAGAAAGAAAGAAAGAAAGAAAGAAGAAUGUAUGUGCUUAUCAUAAUUGUUUUGUUGUGUCAUUGUUGAAUUUUGUAGGUGAGGAUUUUGUUUUGUGGAACAAUAUGUUUUUGUUACAUAACCGAACAAUAAUGUCCUCACCUGUAUGUUUUGUCUUGUCUUUGUCUUGAGAGAUUUAUGUUUUUGUAUUUGUUCUUUACCUAUUCUAUAUAUGUGUAAAAUACUCGAGACUC